AUGGAUCCAGCAAGCAAGCAAGCAUCAAUGUUUAAAGAUAGUAAACGCAACAGACGACCGACGUCCUGCGAGCAGUGUCGUCUUCGAAAAUAUGCAAACAAUGCAAUCCGGCAUCGCAAGGCUGCAAAGGGCAGCAGCAGCAGCAGCAGCAACGCUAGCAACAGUAAUGUUGGCGAGCGGCUACAAAGAGUCGAAAACCUGGUUUUCGAGCUUGUUAAUGGAGGUGGGGGAGGUAUCAUGGAUUUGUCUAAUGGAGACCAUGAUGUAUUCGUUGAUCACGGCAGCCAGGUAGGCAGGACAAGAAACCAUGGCCAUGGUGGCGCGUCUCGAAUAGAGACGACCGCCACUCACGGGGAUGAUAUGGGAAAAUCAUUUCUGCAUCGGCCCACGGAGCAGUCAACACACUGGCUUGCGAUCUUGGACGAUAUCAAGGAGGUCAGAGAGCAGCUGUCUCAGUCGGAAAUCUUCACGCCGGAAGACAACGACAUGAAUAAUGAGCAAGCAGAAGAGGAACUCGACUUGGCUUUGGGGCCCAUGGAGCUACCGAAAUUUCAGGAUAUCAUUCAGUCUUUACCACCACGGCCGAUAUGUGAUAAAAUUCUCGCGCAAUAUUUCAAUUCGUCUUUGAUUCUGCCUAUCAUCCAUCCAACCAAGUUUCUAAAUGAGUAUGAGAAAUUCUGGCAUAACCCGGCAAGGGCACCAGUCUUGUGGGUUGGCGUUUUAUUCUCCAUCCUCACUCUUGCACUUGCCAUAAACCAAUCGACGGGUGAAGGAACAAUAGACGUUGGCAGCCAAGCUACACUUUCAGUUAGAAUGCUUCGAAACAGGACUGCACAAUGUCUCAUGAUGGGAAACUAUACUAACGCUACUUCAUACGCCGUGGAGGCCAUGGUAUUGCUCUUUCUCGGCAAGUAUGUUGGAAAAUCAGACUCCAGCUUUGAUAGUUGGUUUCUCAUGGGCAACAUUAUCCGUCUCGCAAUGCGGAUGGGUUACCACCGAGACCCGAAAUAUCGCCGGGACAUUUCACUUUUUGAGGGUGAGAUGCGAAGAAGGCGCUGGCAUGCUAUACUCCAGCUUGAUUUGUUGCUCUCUUUUCAGAUGGGUAUGCCCAGCAUGAUUCCGGUCGAUUGCUCCGAUACCGAGCUGCCCAGAAACUUCAAAGACUCGGAUAUCUACCCCAACGUCGACUCUCUGCCAAGUCCUCGACCGCUCUCGGAUCAUACUCCGGUGUUGUACACCAUUGUGAAGGGUGGGAUAAUGAAUGUGUUUAGGAAGGUUAUUGCACACACUCAAUCAUCUAUUACAUGGCCCCCUCCCUACCCGAGGACAAUCGAGCUAGACAACAAGUUGCGAGAAACUUAUGCGGGGAUCCCAGACGAUUUCAAGAUGAAACCCAUCAAACAAUCAAUUAUAGACUCAUCGAGCAUGAUCAUAAACCGAUGCACGGUCGAACUCCUCUUCCUGAAAGGGAUCAUGGUCCUGCACCGACGAUAUCUAAACACGGAACGAUUUGACGCACAGUACGACUAUUCAAGACGCGCUUGCGUCGAUGCAGCGCUGACUAUCCUGUCGCGGCAGGCAGACCUCCACGAAGCAACGCAACCACAUGGUCGGUUGUACGAGGAUCGAUGGAUGGUGUCGUCGUUGACUGCACAUGACUUCCUUCUGGCCUCGAUGGUGAUCUGUCUGGAAUUGUCUUUGCUCAUUCGAUCGCCAAACAACCUCGUAGAUAGUUCUCCGUCGUUGAUAAACUCGCCGAGUCGCUUUGGCAAACUACUAGAUGCCUUGCUCGACUCGCAACGUAUCUGGGCGUCGAAGAGUGCGUACUCGAAGGAGGCGCGUACCGCAUCGCUGACGUUGCAGCUUAUGCUAGAGAAAGUGCAGGGCAGUAGCAGUCCUUAUUCUCUGACAAAUGGCAGCACAAAUGAUCCGAUGAGUACAAAAUCGUCUUCAGAUGAUGCGAUGACCUACGCCAAUAUCGGCGACGGAGAGCUGCCCUUCGCCGGGACCAUGACAGACAUGAUUGAUGGCUCCGAGAACCUCGAUUGGGCAAUACUCGAUCAAUAUCUCCAGAAUACGGGGUCUCUUAUGACGCCGUUGGACAUGCCUGACGAUGGAUGGGAUUUACUUAAUAUGGACUCUUGUUAA